UAUUAUUAUUAUUGUUUUAUUAUCUAUAUAAAUAAUUACUCAAAUAUAAACAAUGGAGAUUAAAUACACUAUAUUUUAACUUUAUUGUCAAUUUAAGUUCUCAACAAUUAUUAAUAAUUUAUUAAAGAUAUAUUUAUUUAGCUCUUCGAUAUUUAUUCAAUUAGAAAUAAAAUGUUUAAUAAAGACGAUAUAGACUAUGAUGUAGGAAGCUACAGAUGUGAAGGAUCAAUAGAGCAUUUUAAAUUCAGGGUAUGUUUAGAAAUAUCUCGUACUUCAUUUCACCACAAGAAUAAGGACAUUGAAAAAAAGUAUACAAAAAAAGUUGAAAAAAUUUUUCAUUGGAUGGAAAAAACUGUUGAAGAACCACAAGAUCAUAAUGAUUUUGAAGAAACAUCUUCAUCAAUUGAAGGAAAACUUAUGGAUAGUCAUUUUAAAACUGAUUUUAAUGAACAAUUUAGUUGUAGAACAAUUUUACAUGAUAUUACGAACCAUGAAAAUGUAAUUACUGAAUCAUUUAAGAAAUUGAGCUUAUUAAAUAACUAUAAAAAGAAUUUACAUUAUUUUACUAAAAACAUUAUGGAGGAUUCACCAUCUGAUUCUUUAAAACUUCAAAAUAGAUUACCGCAUCUGAAUCAAAUUAUGCAUGUUCUUCUUGAUCUUGGAAAUAAUGAUAUAGAAAAUGAAGAAAAUAAUUUUGUAUUGGCUUCAUUAUAUUGGAACCCUAACAGCCAAAUAUUAAGAAUUUUUCCUGAUUUUACAUUUAACAACUGUGCAGGAUAUAUUCUUCCAAUCAGUACUGUCAAGGAUUCAUGUUUUGAGUAUCGAUUUUGGAUAGAAAAUCUCUCUAAUGAAUCCCUUGAACUAAUAACUGAUACAGUAAAUUUUCAUCUACUUAAAUUGGAUCAUUACGACUUUUAUGUACCAGAAAGUGAUACUAUUGAAAUAUUCGCUGAAAUAACUUCAGCUAUCGGAUUUGAAUAUGACAAUUUAUUUAUUCGUUAUUAUGUAGAUAUUCCAUCAGAAUGGAAAUGUACUGAUACUAAUACUCUCCAUGGAACUACCCAAACAUGUCGACGAAAUAAUCAUAUGGCAUCUAUAUUUUCAUAUUUAUUCAAUGUUAGCCUAAUAUUACCAAAAAUCAAUGAUCAAAACAUUAACUCAGCAUUUAUAACAUUUGUAAUAUACUCAAUUGAUUCAUGGAACAAGGAACGAGUUGAAGGAUAUACAUCUUAUCAAAUUCCAAAAUAUACUACCUUAAGUUCAUAUAAAAAAAAUAUUAAAUUAGAAGCAUGGCUACCAAAGUCUAGAAAAUAUGUAGAUGAUUUACGUCGAUAUUUUAUUGGUGGAUCAGUAAAAUUGGUUGAACCUAAUUAUAUUAAUAUACCUACCAAUUUCAAAGAUAAAUUUUUGAGCAAAUUCGGAAUGGAAUUAGAACAAAGAGGUACAUUAAGCAUUACUCUGUGUUAUUUAAGACAGAAUUGUAAAAGUAUUGAAAAUAUUAAUAAUAUUAAAACUAGUGAUGUUGUUUCUGCACAAGCGCUAGUAAAAAGUGUCAAUAAUGUAAUGGCUAGUUUUAAAAGAGCACGUCAGAGAAUGCUUUUAGCUUGUCAACCAAUAUUAAGUCCAACUCAUAGUUAAAUCUUACUUAUAACUAUAUAAGUUUAUAUAACUUUAUAUAAUUUUAUAAGGUUUUAUAACUAUA